ACUUCUGGGCUCCACCACACCCCCUUCCCUCUCUCCCUCUUCUUCUUCCCCCACUUCCAUUUCGAGUUCCCAAAACCGCUGACUCGGUUUUCCUCCUCCUCCUCGAUGGCUUCCAUCCGAAAUGGCGCCCAAAGAGGAAGCGCCAAGUUCGAUCGCCCCCUCAAGCCUCGUCCCCGCCCUUCCUCGCCGGGAUCCGCCGUCCGCCGCCCCAACCGCAACGACGCCGUGCUUGGAAGAGUUCGAGUGGCCGUAAGAUUGAGACCAAGAAACGCUGAAGAAAUGAUGGCUGAUGCUGAUUUUGCUGACUGUGUUGAAGUACAGCCUGAGCUUAAAAGACUGAAACUUCGCAGGAAUAACUGGGAUUCAGACACUUAUGAGUUUGAUGAGGUGCUUACCGAAUAUGCAUCACAGAAACGUGUCUAUGAAGUUGUGGCUAAGCCAGUUGUGGAGAGUGUUCUUGAUGGUUAUAAUGGGACUGUGAUGGCUUAUGGUCAAACUGGAACGGGGAAAACUUUUACUCUUGGACGACUGGGGGAAGGAGACACCUCUGAUCGUGGGAUUAUGGUGCGUUCCAUGGAGGAUAUUCUUGCUGACUUGUCUCCAGAUACUGAUUCUAUUACUGUCUCAUAUCUGCAGCUUUACAUGGAAACUCUCCAGGACUUGCUUAAUCCAGCAAAUGAUAACAUUCCUAUUGUGGAUGAUCCAAGAACUGGCGAUGUAUCCUUGCCUGGGGCAACUAUUGUAGAAAUCAGGGACCAACAGAGUUUUUUGGAGUUGUUAAGUGUAGGAGAAGCUAAUCGAAUUGCUGCUAAUACAAAAUUGAAUACUGAAUCUUCUCGUAGUCACGCUAUUCUGAUGGUUCACAUUAAAAGGUCUGUCAUAGAAAAUGAAGAUAUUGUAUCUAGUCAAAAUGGCGAUACCUCUCACUUGAUUAAACCUUCAAAACCACUUGUUCGGAAGAGCAAGUUGGUUGUGGUAGACCUAGCAGGUUCAGAGCGUGUCCAUAAGUCAGGAAGCGAGGGGCACAUGCUAGAGGAAGCUAAAUCUAUCAACCUUUCACUUAGUUCACUGGGAAAAUGCAUCAAUUCUCUAGCAGAGAACAGUGCUCAUGUUCCAUUUCGUGAUUCAAAGCUUACACGGAUGCUCCGAGAUUCUUUUGGCGGUACUGCUAGGACUUCAUUGAUUGUGACCAUUGGCCCAUCCCCACGUCAUCGAGGAGAGACUUCUAGUACCAUAUUGUUUGGUCAAAGGGCUAUGAAAGUUGAGAAUAUGCUCAAAAUAAAGGAGGAGUUUGAUUAUAAAAGCUUGUCUCGAAAGCUUGAAGUACAAUUAGAUAAGCUUAUUGCAGAAAAUGAAAGGCAGCAGAAAGCUUUUGAGGAUGAAGUUGAAAAAAUAAAUUUGGAGGCACAAUGUCGUAUUGCUGAGGUUGAAAGAAACUUUGCAGAUGGUUUAGAGAAAGAGAGAUUGAAAUGCCAGAUGGAGUAUAUGGAAUUGGUAAAGGAGCUGGAGCAGAAGUUGGUGUUGAAUCAAGGAAGAAAUGACCGAAAUAGUUUUGUGGCUGAUAGUGGAGAGGGGCCUGCACAACCUUCUCCAAAUGAACUUGCCGAGGUCAAAAUGCUGCUUGAAACUGAAAGCAAGCGGAGAAAGGAGGCUGAAGAAGAGGUAAAACGUCUAAAAAAUCAGCUGGGGAUAUAUACACAAGCAGACGCAGGAGGGGAUUUGGAGACUAUAAAGCUUCACAACAUGCUGGAGGAUGAAGUAAAUCAGAAAAAGAAACUUGAAGAUGAAAUUAUAAUAUUAAGAAGUCAAUUAUUGCAAUUGACCUUUGAAGCUGACCAGAUGAGAAGGUGUUUGGAAAGUGGAAGCUCUGGGAGCACAUUUUCCGCCAUGGAUUCCUCCAUGACACAGGUUAGGCAUUCCCAAUUCAAAGACACUGGGAAUGGUCAGAAGUCAUCUGUUGCUACACUCUUUGAGCAAGUUGGAUUGCAAAAGAUUUUAUCAUUGCUGGAGUCGGACGAUGCCAAUGUACGAAUUCAUGCUGUGAAAGUGGUAGCCAACCUUGCAGCUGAAGAGGCUAAUCAGAAGAGAAUUGUUGAAUCUGGCGGUCUUACUUCCUUGCUGAUGCUUCUUCGAAGAUACGAGGAUGAAACUGUUCGGAGAGUAGCUGCUGGGGCAAUUGCCAAUCUUGCUAUGAAUGAAGCAAAUCAAGAACUCAUAAUGGCUGAAGGAGGAAUUACUCUGUUAUCAAUGACUGCAUCUGAUGCUGAAGAUCCACAAACUCUUCGAAUGGUUGCUGGGGCAAUUGCUAACCUAUGUGGAAAUGAUAAAAUAUUGAUGACUCUAAGAUCUCAGGGAGGUAUCAAGGCUUUACUUGGAAUUGUAAGAUGUGGGCAUCCAGAUGUUCUCUCCCAAGUUGCACGGGGAAUUGCUAACUUCGCAAAAUGCGAGUCUCGAGCUUCUAAUCAAGGGAUAAAAAGUGGCAGAUCUAUUUUGAUAGAAGAUGGUGCACUUCCGUGGAUAGUACAAAAUGCUAACAAUGAAGCUGCACCAAUCAGGCGUCACAUUGAGCUUGCACUGUGCCACUUGGCCCAGCAUGAAGUGAAUGCGAAAGACAUGAUUAGUGGAGGUGCCCUCUGGGAGCUUGUCAGGAUUUCACGGGAUUGUUCACGAGAGGACAUACGGAGUCUUGCGCGUCGGACUCUCAGUUCUAUCCCUCCAUUCAAAGCAGAACUCCGGCGGCUGCGUGUAGAAUAUUGAAUUCAAUUCUACCCUGGAAUAUUUUGGUUCUCCUAAGGGUCAUUUUAGAGAGUAAAUUAAGUAAUUACAAUCGUUGAAUGAGAAGUCAACGGGUGAGAUUGUCAUCAUAUAUUUGCACACGUAUUUGCAAAUUAUGAUGUUCUUUGAAUCUCAAGAAUUAAUUUCUCAAUCGACAAAUGUGAUGAGUUACUUUAUCUUUUAAAGUGAUUCUUUCACUUUAAAUGAGCUAAAUCCUUUGUAGCAUAUCUUGCUAUAUUUAUGUGACGAGCUGGGGUUUAGCAUGUACUUUUUGUGAUAUCUAGUCAUUACUGACCUAGAAUGUAUGUAUAUUGAUAGAGGGGGGAAAAUAGAUGAAGAGCAUGUUUUGGGUAGGGGUAAGAAGGUGAGAAUAUGUUCUGUCAAACAAAGGGCUAGUCAAAUUUUGAUUACCCUAAAUUAUAUGAAGUUGCCUAAUGUUGUAAUUUUUUUUUGGGUACAAUGUUGUAUUUAUUAUUGAUUCAUGUAAUUAAUGAAAAUCAUUAUAUUUUGUUUU